UAUAAGAACAUUUACAACUGCUCUAAUGUUUCAUAAUAAGUACUAAAACAUUAGUUUUGUUUUUCUUUACCGAGUCUGUGGCGCUUUUUACGCACGCCAAGUUAAAAGUCCGGUAAAAAAAUAAGAUUUACAACCCUAACACAAUCAUUCAUACAGUUCACUUCUUUAAAUUUUUAAGACAUUUAUAACAUAUUUUUAAAACACGAUUUAACAUAAUAUAAAAUGCAGCACGUGGGUGCCGACCUCUUGUAAUAUUGAAGAUGACCGACAGAAGGCGCGCGCGACAUGUUUGUUUGAAAGGCCCACAUGAGCGCUCUGACGUAGUGUUGAAAUUUGGCCAGGUAACGGUGUUGCUGCAAAUAGGAAAAUUACCUCUUUUAGUCGACAUAUUUGGCCAUAGAUUGGAGGUACAGAAGCGUUACGAUGCCCGAACCUGCUGAUAUUAACAGUCCGGAGGUAGCAAAGACGCCAGGAGGAGGCAGUGGACAAGGGAAAGAUGAGAACGUUGUAAAUGGACACAAGGAGGGGGAUGCCAAUCCGUUUGCAGAGUACAUGUGGAUGGAGAAUGAAGAGGAGUACAAUAGACAGGUGGAGGAGGAGCUUUUGGAGCAGGAGUUUCUUGAGCGCUGUUUCCAAGAGAUGUUAGAGGAGGAAGAUCAGGAUUGGUUCAUUCCCGCCAGAGACCUUGCCCCUGGAGUGGGACAAAUCCAACAGCAGCUCAGUGGGCUGUCGGUCAGCGACGGAAACGCAGAAGACAUUGCGCGCAAGAGCAGCUUGAAUCCAGAGGCCAAGGAGUUUGUUCCAGGGGUGAAAUACUAGAGACCCUCCAGUCAGGGGCUCCUUUAUAAAGACUUUAUGUGACCUCUAGUUGCCAGAGGUCACCCUCACACAUACUUCAAUCUUACUGGGGUUGUGUGGGGCUUGAUGGGGUGGGGCUUGUGGGUGGGGGGUGCUGGAUGCUCUUCUAUAAGCUUUUUAUUUCCGUCUGUCUCCAUGUAUAACGUGUAGGCGGGUUACUCAGUGUAAUGUUCCUAUUGGACCGCUGCAGAUUGUGACUAGUUCUCCUGGAAGAUCUUUGUAUUAAUCUCAGAGGAACAGUUAUGUGAUUUCCACUAUUGUGAUAGUGACUAGCAGUUUGUCCCCGUGUCAUUGCCAUUUUCUUUUUUUUCUGUCUUUUAUUUUCUGUAAAGAAAAGUUUGAAGGGGAGGUUUGUGUGUCAUGAGAGUGGGAGGGGCAAAGGGCUGGGUCAGAGGAAACCUGACAGUAAAUGGACAGUUGACAGGUGGACCAUUCAGCGAUGGACAGAACUGGUGGCAGCUGACAAACGUCGAGGGAUUUCACAGAAACAUUUUUUUUUUCAGUUUUUUCUCCUUUCUCCGUUGAAGUUCUGUCACAGUGUGCAACAUGCAUUUACAAAAAGGAAAAAAAUCUAAUAAAACGAGCAGGUUCCCUCCUGGA